AUGUCGAUGUCCAAGGGAUCUAAGCUGCUACAGUACAUCAACUACCGCAUGCGCGUCACCGUCACCGAUGGCCGCGAGCUCGUCGGGAAAUUCAUGGCCUACGAUCGCCACAUGAACCUCGUCCUGGGGGACUGCGAGGAGUUCCGCAAGCUGCCGCCCAAAAAGGGCUCCAAGGCUCCGGAAGACCGCGAGGAGCGCCGCACAUUAGGCCUCCUUAUUCUCCGCGGGGAGGAGGUAGUUAGUCUUACCGUUGAAGGACCGCCGCCGCAGGAUGAGUCCCGCGGGAGAGCCGCCGGCGCAGCGGCAGGGGGACCCGGUGUUGGGCGCGCGGCAGGGCGCGGAGUUCCGACGGUUCCGCUCGGUCAAGCGCAGCCUGGUUUGGCGGGACCCGCGCGCGGAGUCGGCGGACCGGCGCCGUCGCUGAUGCAGCCGCGCCCGCAAGUGGCGGCCCCGCCGAUCUCGUACCAGGCUCCUGGCGGUGCAGCCGGCGCUGCGCCUGGCCGUCCGCCUCCCGUCUCGUUCCCCCCGCCCGCGGGUUUCCCUGGGGGAGCGCCUCCGCGGCCGGGGAUGCCGCCGCCGCCAGGGGGAAUGCGCCCGCCAGGGAUGGGCCCGCCCCCGUCCAUGUACUCCCAGGGUCCCCCGCGCCCGGGCAUGCCUCCCCCGCCCGCAGUACGGGCGGGGAAUGCCCCCGCCGGGGGGAAUGCCUCCGCCAGGGAUGAUGGGUCCGCCAAGGCCUGGCAUGCCCCCUCCGCCAGGGGGGCAUCCGGGGAUGUACGGCCCCCCGCGCCCAGGCAUGCCGCCUCCGCCUGGGGGGCAAUGAGGACGGGGAGGGGAGUGACUGUGGCAGAUGUGACAGAUGCGGUUGUGAUUGUUGCAUAUGCAGAUCUGAGCAGCCACAGGAUGGCGAACCUGUCCUGGUCCCGGCUCUGUCUCGAGUGGACAAGUCAUCAGCUUUGCAGCGGAAGCAUGGCAUCGGGUGCACGCCACAGCAGCGCAGAGGUAGAACUCACUCCCGAGGUGCUCGCCACGGGUGUGCUCCCCACACUGCCUCGCCUCGACCCUGCUGUUGCCAGAGCGCUCGACCGCGUGCAAGAGAAAUUCGGCACAAAAGAACAGUUCGAGGCUGCAUUGAGUCGAGUGAAGGCGGAGGAGCCGCCUCUCUUUGUGAAGCAGCUGUUCCUCAUUCGAGAGGGGACCUAG